UUUAUCGAAUCAAAGAGAGAGACAGAGGUGACGAAGAAGACGAGGGAGGGAGAAGUAAAAUAAAAUGAGAGAGGAAGUUAGAAGCUCAGGUGGUACUAACACUGUUGAUGCUUUGCUCAUAGCUAGGUCAUCUUCACCCCCUACUACUCCAGCUGCUAGUUCAGCUGGAGCAUCCUCACCUGCUGUACCCACAAAUGUUGGCAGUAUAGACUGGUUUGGUCAAGGACAGGGUUCCAAAGCAGGCUCUCUAUCUUGUGGUGGUUCACAACCAUACAAGACUUCCUUGAGCACUAGUGCUGGUGGUUCUGCUCUUGGAUCAUCUCAACCUUCAUGCAGACCGUGGGAGCGGGGGGAUUUGCUUAGGCGUUUGGCCACAUUUAACCCUUCACACUGGUCUGGAAAGCCAAAGGUUGCUAGUUCAUUGACCUGUGCACGAAGAGGUUGGGUAAAUGUGGACGUUGAUGAAAUUGUGUGCGAGUCUUGUGGGGCGAAGCUGAGCUUUGUUUUGUCAGCAUCUUGGACAUCAACUGAAGUUGAUAGUGCUGGGGAAGCUUUUGCCAAGCAGCUCGAUCUUGGACACAAGGUCUCGUGUCCUUGGAAAGGAAACAACUGUGCUGAAAGCUUGGUUCAGUUCCCUCCAGCGCCCCAAUCAGCCCUGAUUGGCGGUUACAAGGAUCGAUGUGAUGGACUGUUACAGUUUCAGUCUCUUCCUGUUAUAUCUGGAUCUGCUAUUGAACAGAUGCGGAUUUCUCGAAGCUCACAAGUGGACCGCUUUCUAUCGCAGUCGCAAGUUCUAUUAUCCGUGGAAUUGGGUUUCAAGUCAGAGAGCAUCCCAGGAACCCAAUCCUCGCGAGAAGAGGUUCCUGCUGUCUAUUCUCAUUCUCAGAAGCUGAUAAGCCUAUGCGGAUGGGAAACCAGAUGGCUUCCUAAUGUUCAAGACCUUGAAGAGCAUUCUGCUCAGUCGGCUAGAAAUGAAUCUUCUUUUGUCCGCAGUAGAGACCGAGCAGGGCCCUCUCAGGAUGCAUGGUUUAGCAAGAAUGCAACUUCUGCUUCUGCAAAGAAAGACACUGGAAAGAAGAAAGCAUCAGCUCUGGAGUCUAGAUGUGAAUCCCUGUUACCUAUGUUGGAUUGUAGCUUAUGUGGUGCCACUGUCAAAAUCUGGGACUUCCGUACUGUUCCCCGUCCUUCUCGUUUGGGUUCCAACAAUAUUGAUACCCCAGAAAUAAGCAAAAAGAUGUCAUUGGCACGUGGAGCAAGUGCAGCAAGUGGAAUCAGUGGAUGGGUUGCUGACGGCUUGGAGAAAGAACAGAUUGAGGUCCGUGAUGAAGCGGCAACAAAUGAGGUCAAAUCGCCAUCAAAUGCAGGUGUUGAUUUGAAUCUUUCCAUGGCUGGUGUUUUACCAACUACUUCUCAGUCAGCAGUUGUUCCUGUAACAGAACACAAUCAAGAUGGUGCAGGUAUAGGAAGGGAUCUAAAAAUAGGGCAACCUUCAGGUAGUGAGGUUGGAGAUCGUGCGACAUCCUAUGAAUCACGUGGCCCCAGUACUCGAAAACGGAGUUUAGAGGGAGGCGGUAGCACAGUUGAUAGACCACCACAUUUAAGAACGCAGCAGGCUGAUAGCGUAGAAGGAACUGUGAUAGACCGUGACGGUGACGAAGUAAAUGAUGGCAGACAAUACUCAGCUGGGCCGUCUAAACGUGUGCGUGACUUCGAUUUUGAUACAUACCAUUCGCCAUACAGAAGAGAUUCAUCUGGUGCUGGUCCUAGCCAUUCGAUAGGUUUUGGUGUAGAAAUGGAUGUGAACAGAAGUGAACGGUUCAACCAAAGGCAUGAUCAAGUUGUUGGCAUCUCAUUGGCUAGAGAUUCAGCACGUGCAUCUUCUGUAAUUGCAAUGGAUACAAUUGGUCAUGGCACGGACGAAGAUUCUAUGGAAAGUGUGGAAAAUUAUCCUGGUGAUGUUGACGAUGCUCACUUUUCUUCUCCAGCUAUGUAUAAGAACCUAGACAUGAAUGAUGCUUCAGAGCUCAACUACAGUAAUCAGGCACAACAAAGCACUUGUGUCCAACCGGCUGCUGAAAGAAUUGCCCAAGAAAUAGGUGUCAGCAGCAUUAAUGACAGCGAGGAAAUAUUAAAUGCGGAAACAGCAACUGUACAUGCACGUGACCGGUUUAGCUUUGGACUUAGUGUAGGAAGUGUUGGUAUGGGUGCUAGUCAUGAGGCAGAAAUUCACGGGACCGAUGCUUCUGUUCACAGAGGAGAGAGUGUUGUUGGUGACGCUGAACCUGUAGCUGAAGUCACUGAGAAUCAAGGGCAAACAGGUGAAUAUACUCCGGAUCCUGGGUUAAUGGAUGUGUUUAUUCCUGAAAUGAUGGAUAGAGAGGAUCCUCAUGGUGAUAGUCAAGAUGUGAUAUCUCGAUCAGUUGGAAGGGAAGAUAGUGGAUCUAAAGUUGAUGGUUCAGCCAAGGCUGAUUCUGUUGAAAGUGGUCAGAAAAUAAGUCAAAGCCACAGAUUGAUUCAUGGUAACAGUGCCCAUCAUUCCCUUUCUUGUGAUGCUGCAGUAUACUCAACUUAUGAAGCUUCCAAGGGAGAGGUGACUCAAGCCGGCAAAGCCUCCCUUACCGAUGAUUGUGCAUUCACUGAAUAUAUGGGUGCAAAUGGAAUAGGGCCACCAAAUGGGGAAAGCAAUUAUGAAGAAGCCAUAUCAUUUGAUCCUAUUAAGCAUCACAAUCGUUGCUGUCCGUGGGUGAACGGAAACGUUGCUGCAGCUGGCUGCAGUAAUAGUGGCAUUUCGAGUUCCAGUUUUGGUACUUCAGCUCUGUGCGGGUGGCAGCUGACGUUGGAUGCGCUGGAUGCCUUCCAGUCACUAGGUCAUAUUCCCAAUCAAACACCACAGUCUGAGUCUGCAGCAUCUCAGUAUAAGGAUGACCACAUCUACCCGAGCCAAAAGCUGUUGGCACGACAUUCAGCAAGCAAAAAUCACGGAAAACAUUGAGAUUAGAUCUUAAGAUGAUGGUGUAUAAUUUGCAUGCACUUGGUGCUGCUGGUAGGUUAUUGGGAAAGAAAAUAUAAUUGCUGUUUCGGUGGCAGACAACAUUGCAAAUGUGGAAAGUGCAAUAACCUUGCAUUGUUGCAAAUUUUUUUAAUGUUUAUUAAGGAUUCAGGUAUCUUUCUUUAAACCUUCUUGUUUAUGAGUGGUUUUUUAAGCUUCUCUAGAACAGCAGCUAUUUUGGUUUUUAAAGAGUUGAUAUGUAGAUUGAGCAAGUGAGUAUUUGUCAAAGCAUAUUGUAAUUUGAAACUUAGUGAACCAUAUACAAAUGUGACUUGAUUCUUAUUCUCUGUUAGAAUCAGCAAGCGAUUUGAUGCCAAAUUUUACAAUGCUACCGCA